AAACAUGAAGAGCCUCUUGCUACUGACCACGCUCCUUGUCCCUGCGCACCUGGCGGCGGCCGGGAGCACCAAGUAUGCGGUGGAUUGCCCUGAACACUGUGACCGUAACGAGUGCAAAAGCAGCCUGCGCUGCAAGAGGACAGUGCUGGACGACUGUGGCUGCUGCCGGGUGUGCGCCGCAGGGCUGGGGGAAACCUGCUACCGCACGGUCUCAGGCAUGGACGGUGUGAAGUGUGGCCCGGGGCUGAGGUGUCAGUUUUACAGUGAGGAGGAUGAUUUUGGUGACGAAUUUGGUAUCUGCAAAGAGCAUGACAUGGCAUCCGGAGAUGGCAACGCCGUGAGAGAAGAAACUGUGAAAGAGAAUCCUGCCAGGUCUCCUGUAAGGAAAUGGUUAAAUCCACGCUGAUCCUAAGAGAAAGCUCUAUUUUAGUGAUUGUUCAACAUGCAGCCAACAUUUUAGAAACUGUCUAGAUCCUAGCAUAUGGACAUGUAAUUUUCGGAGACCAAGUGUGAUUCAUGUUGGAUCCAAGAAAAAAAAAAGUAGCUACUUACAAUCUGUAAAGUGCAUAUGACUGAACACUUUUAGAUAUUUGUUAAAUGUUUGUAUGCAUAUAGAUUUGUUAAAUGUGUGUGUAUAGUAACACUGAAGAACUAAAAAUGCAAUUUAGAUAAUCUUACAUGGAGACAGUUCAGCCAAAGAGAAAACUGAUCAAAGCUGAAGACCACAGUG